GUUCCCAGGUGAUGUUCCUGGCUGUUCUCGCACGUUUGAGCCGUGCCCCUGUUGUGAAAGGCUGUGCAUCCGAUUUCCAGUCGCUGGAGUCAGGAUGUCAUCCUCCGGGGGUCUGUCUGCUCAGCUGACUGCUCCGACCCGGGCAGGACCGUGCGCGCGGCGAGCUGCGCUGCCCUAGCCAUGGCAGCGCGUCAACCUGGAGGUGGAGGGGAAACUUUCUAGGGAGCAGCUGAGAUGUUCUUAGAGCUUCCCGGCCUGCUGGGCCGGGCCGGGCCGGCGCAAGUAUCGCCUUGCCCCUGCGAGCAAUAGGACAAGUUCUGGCAUCUUGCUGAGUGCAGAGCGAGGUGAACAGGGUAUUACGUUUGGGUUCUCAAACCGGUGUCUCUCCCUUUUGGCAGCAGAGGCUGGUGUCAGGACGUGUGCAGUAAGGGUGUGACUGGCGUGCUCGGCAGCGCCACCAGGAAUCCUACAGGAAACCGUCCUGUCUCAGGAGCUGGGAUGGGCUGCGUUAGUAACAGAGCUUCCUUUGAGUCUCAGUGCUUUGUGCUGACAUGGUAACUACGUGGUGGAUCUCCACAGCUGGUGAACAGGGACAGCUGCUGCAAAGAGGCUAAAGGGAACAGCCUGGUAAGGUCCAUCUCUGGACAGACACAGAUGAUGCCAGAGCUAUGACAGGGGCUGCAGUCCUGGCACUGAGGGGUGAUCAGUUAUGGAACAGCUACAGGAGGAAGUACCUGAGGUCAGGGAAGAGGAGGAGGAAGAGGAAAAGGCAGUGACAGCAGCAGGUGGAGCCUUGGAUACUACUGGAGGACCAGAUAGUUCACUGCCUUCCAGCAGCUACACAGACCUUUCCCAGAGCUCCUCUCCAUCCCUGUCGGACCAACUCCAGAUGGGCUGUGAGGAUGCAUCCUCUGGGACGCUAAACGUGGAGUGCAGGGUCUGCGGAGACAAAGCGUCGGGGUUUCACUAUGGAGUCCACGCAUGUGAAGGCUGCAAGGGCUUCUUCCGCCGGACAAUCCGCAUGAAGCUGGAGUACGAGAAGUGCGAACGGAACUGCAAGAUCCAGAAGAAGAAUCGGAACAAGUGCCAGUACUGCCGCUUCCAGAAAUGCCUCUCCCUGGGCAUGUCGCACAAUGCCAUCCGCUUUGGCCGCAUGCCAGAGGCGGAGAAGAGGAAGCUGGUGGCGGGGCAGCCAGCCAGUGAGAUCAGCUGCCAGAACCCGCAGGUGGCCGACCUUAAGGCCUUCUCCAAGCACAUCUACAAUGCCUACCUGAAGAACUUCAACAUGACCAAAAAGAAGGCAAGAGGCAUCCUGACUGGGAAGGCCAGCAGCACCCCGCCUUUUGUGAUCCAUGACAUGGACACCUUGUGGCAGGCAGAAAAGGGGCUGGUGUGGAAACAGCUGGUGAAUGGGAUCCCCCCAUACAAAGAGAUCGGAGUCCACGUCUUCUAUCGCUGCCAGUGCACCACUGUGGAGACUGUGCGGGAGCUCACGGAGUUUGCCAAGAGCAUCCCCAGCUUCGUUGGCCUCUACCUGAAUGACCAAGUGACUCUACUGAAGUAUGGGGUGCAUGAGGCCAUCUUUGCCAUGCUGGCCUCUAUCAUGAACAAGGAUGGGCUUCUAGUGGCCAACGGAAAUGGGUUUGUGACACGUGAGUUUCUGCGUAGCCUGCGCAAGCCCUUCAGCGAGAUCAUGGAGCCCAAGUUUGAGUUCGCUGUGAAGUUCAACUCGCUGGAGUUGGACGACAGUGACUUGGCUCUGUUUGUGGCUGCCAUAAUCCUUUGUGGAGACCGCCCUGGCCUGAUGAACGUGAAGCUGGUGGAGGAUAUACAGGACAACAUCCUCCGAGCCCUGGAGUUCCACCUGCAGACCAACCACCCUGACGCCCAGUACCUCUUCCCCAAGCUGCUGCAGAAGAUGGCUGACCUGCGGCAGCUAGUGACGGAGCACGCACAGCUGGUGCAGAAGAUCAAGAAGACAGAGACAGAAACUUCACUGCACCCACUCCUGCAGGAGAUCUACAAGGACAUGUAUUGAGGAGCGCUUAUUUAUGAGAGAGAUUAAAGCCAUCGACCCCUUGCCGAACUCUUUGUGCAACAACAAAGAAUCCCUUUCCCUGUCUUCCAUUUUCUUCUACUGGAAACUGUUUUCUAUAUGAUCAGUACACACGGUACAUAGGGCAAAGCACCAUGAGACUUUGCAGUUACCGCGGGGUAGGCCAGGGCUUCCGUUAAUAUGCACUAACCAACCUUAAAGGGUGAAACCCGUUUCCAUUGCUACAGCCCAGCUGCCUCAGGAGCGGCUGGUGCAUUUCCACCCAGGUCGACAGGCUGUGGGAGCACUGGGCCCACAGAGCGGCAGCAAGGGGAUGGUCUGAUGUAGGAAGACCAAGGAGCAGCUCCAGUAUCUGCAGGCCCAGAACUGCACUUGAGAUCUCGCAGCUGCUGUGUAUUAUUUGUAUUGCACUCCACAGGCUAUCAGUCCUGAGCCAUGAGGUCUAAGACCGUCACAGAAGCAAGCAGCUCUCAGGGUACAAGUCCCCCAGAGAAAACUGUGAGUGUUUGGAGAAGGGUACGAUGCUUCCUCAGGGGACAGACCUGCUGCUCUCCCCCUGAAUGCCUAGGGCAGACAUGCUUUCUACUAGAGAUGUGUCCUCGCCUGCCUUCCAUACUGCUCCCUUACAUGUGUGAGCCUUCGCGUGGCCUGAGUUAGUCCUUGUUAACCCGUAAUUUCAAAGGCACCUGCCCCUUGGCACGUGCUCCUAUAUUCACCUAGAACAGUGGUUUUCAACCCUUUUUCAUUUGUGGACCCCUAAAAAAUUUCAAAUGGAGGUGGGGGGACCCCUUUGAAUUGUCAGUGUGGGUAUUUACAUACUUUUGAUUGAUCAUAGUCAUCUUUCGUGGGCCCCUUAGACAUAGUCUGUGGGUGCCCAGGAAUCUGCAGACCACACAUUGAAAACCACUGGCCUAGAAGCUGAAACUUGGGGAAGGAAGGGAGAGGUGAGAUGGAGGUUGGCUCACCUGGGUCUUCAGAGCCAGUGCUAGAACUUCUGUUGAGUCCAUUAUCCAAUCUGGGGCGGACUUGAACUGCCCCAAGGGCCUGAGUCCCUGCUAGUGGGUGGAUGAAAAGGAUUCAGUGUUGUGAAGCAGGCAACAGAGAGCAGAGCAGGGCAGCACUAGGGUUUUCAUAGCUAUGGCCCCCAUUAGGCAGUGCUCCAGCUUGCUUGGAGCAAUUGUGGAAGAAGAGGAGCGGGGAGCUGGGUCAUUUCUAGCCUGAAGGAAGGCUUGGAUGAAUCUGAGCUCAUAAGAGAGAGGAGAGUACUUUUUACUCUCAGGUCUUCAUCUCAGAACCAGUCCUGGUCUGUAGCGUGUAGAUCACCUAAUGGCUCUUGAGUGGCCUGUCGGGAAUGAAGUCAUUGUUCUAGAUCCAGUUCCUGCUAGACAGGUGUCCACUUCACUACAGCUACCACCACUGGCACUUUCAUUGGCAUCCUUGGCACAGACAGUGAGCUUUGAAUGGGCUGUGGAGGCUCACUUCUCCUGCUGGAGAGAGAGGUGUGUUCCCUCCCUGGCCAGAGUUGGGGUGGGUUACUGGAGUAGCAUGGAGGCAGGUUUGGCCUUGCACACCCUGAGUUGAGGGUCUUGGACUCCCGAGUCGGCUGACUGCCACUUGGACAGAGAUCCAGGUUUCUGGAUCUGUGGGUAGCUCUCCUGACCCAGCAGCCCAGUGAGAGGAGGCAGCUGUCCAGAGAGAGAAAUCUGGCCUUGCAGGUGAGGCCCCUUCAAGGAUGCAUUGGAUGAGGCCAGUGGCCAAGAAGGCAAAGCCCUGCCCCCUGCUCUGAUGCUAUUCAUUGGGUCCUGAAGGGAGGUUAGCUCCAGGUGGAGAGUUGUUAUAGUAGUGUAAAGACCUUAGUGAAUGCACUGCUUUGACCCCACACCCUCCUCUACAGACCCUUUGUGGCCUGAGGGAGUUGACCACAGGCUGCAUGACCUUGUAUAUCUCUCCCAUCUCUAAUGCUAAAACCAGACCAGGCAUUGACAUUGCAGUGUUGGGGAGACCUCCUGCUGGAGGGCAACUCCAGCUCAGGCCUGGGAGAACGCCUGACUCUGGCUCAGCCGCUAACUUGCAAGCCACGUAACCGCUGUGCCUCAGUUUCCCCGACCCAUGAGUGAGUCUAAUGAAACUUGAAUCUCCCUUGCAAGGGUUGAAGGGGAGCCAGCUAGUGUUUGUACAGUGCAGUAUAAAUACCGAGUAUUUAUGGCAGGAGGGGGGAAUGCCCUGUUUGUUGUCAUGACAAGACUGGGGCUUUUCAGGGGAGUCCUGGGAUGACCUAGGGCAGCUGGCCUCCCAUAACAUCGUGCUUCCAUAGUGCUUUGGUAUCAUUAGCAGGGACUUGUUCUGGCAGCUGUGGGCACCAGCUUCGCUCUCAGGCUCCGUGACCGGCAAAACCUUGAGCGAGCUUCCCUUGCACCUUCUAGCAGCAGUAACAAAAACACCUGUCAUGCAGCUGAGAGGGACCUGCCCCCUCCCGCUGCAGCCACACUGAAGCAGUGUUUGAGUCUCUGUCUCCAGGAGAAGAGAGGAUUGAACCAGGGAUGUGUCUGGUUUUCUGCCAGGGGUGAUGGCGGUCACCCAGGAUCCCAUCUGUGUGAGCACUUCCAUGGGCAGAAUCUGUUUAGUUUGAUACGAGGCAGCUGGACCCAAGUCAGGGGCAGCAAGUGGCUGGGGAAGGGAAAGGGGGAUGCCCCCCUACCCAGAGAUGAUGUAUUGACCCUGCAGAGCCUGCCAGUAAUUGCAGCACAACAUGCUGGGGUUACUGUACGGUGCUGUGGGACAAGCCCUUUCUGAGGUAGCAAAUUUCCCUGGUGCAAUAAGUUAAAAAUCCAAAGUGGGGAGGUGCUUUGCUUCCCUCCCCAUGCUUGCUGGGCAGCCUGACUGCGUGCCUCCAAACGGGCAGGUGGGGCUAGCACAGAGCUCCAUGGGUCCGAGGGAUGGUCCUGGUGCCAUCUCCAUGCCCCACCUGCAGAUGGGUAACGUGUUCAGCAAAUAGAGCAUGAUCAAGGACAGGGGGCUGCGCAGACUUGCUCUUCUCUCCCUCCCUCUGGGCCUCAGUUUCCCCAUCUGUAUUAUUGGAACAGCCAUUUCCCUUCCCUACCUCACAGGGGUGUUGUGAGGCUGAUCCAGCUUGUUCAGCACUUUUUAAGUCCUCUUGUGAACAGAGCUGGAGAAGCGCCAGCUCCGGGCUGUGAUCAAAUCAUGACCGGUACUUCCCUGGGUCUGUUUUCUCCCCUCUCCCCCUGCACUGGAUGCCCGGAUGCUGUGAACAGAGAGGCUGUUGCGAUGCCCGGCCCCCUCACCCCGGGCGAUGCUGGAGGAACCCUUGCUCUCUUUCAAUGUUGUAAUAAUCCUCAAACUGAAAUGUAUAUUUUUGCUAGAAGUACAAACCUCCAAGUGUUUUUAAUAAUAUAAAUAGUGUCCACAGACUGACUUAACUUUAAAUAAAUAUGAACUAAAUAUUUAAGAC